GUUCGUCUUUACUCCAACAGAGUCCGUACAAAUCGCAUAAUCCUUGUGUCAGUGCGGCCUUGUGAUGCGAAUGAAAGGCAUGUCGGAGCACCUGUAGAACUUCGUAGGACGCGGUUAUGUUUGGAAGCCUGUCGCGGCAAUGAAAAUGUCAGAAAGUGCGCGUGAUUGUGGAGUUAACUGUCAUGUCGUUUCAAAUUAAUGGUCCGGUUAUCGGUACAGAGUAUAGAAGGCAGACUGUUAGUGAGCUAAACACAGUCGAGGUGGUGGCCAUGUCAGGCAACGGAGUGACCCCGGUGGAUGACCCAGACAGGAAGUGUCUGAAGUGUGGAGACCAGUGCCCCGGAUUCGCGCCGCAUUUCUGGAGGAAAGUCUGUCGGAACUGCAAGUGUCCUCGUGAGGAUCACAGUGGCGGAAUGGGCAGUGCACCGGGAAUCGCUCUCGGCCUCUUAGACCCGACAGACAAACUUCUCGGCAAGGGAGUCCAGUACGGGCAGUCGACGGAUCCUCACCGACACUCUCAGUCAGACGAUGACUCGGGAUGUGCCUUGGAGGAGUACACGUGGGUGCCACCCGGCCUGCGACCGGACCAGGUUCAUGUAUACUUCUCCGCGCUCCCGGAGGACAAGGUACCGUACGUGAACUCGGUGGGGGAGCGGUACCGAGUACGACAACUGUUGCACCAACUGCCACCCCACGACAACGAGGUGCGCUACUGCCAUAGCCUGUCCGACGAGGAGCGUAAAGAACUUCGACUCUUCUCCGCUCAGAGGAAACGAGAGGCUCUGGGUCGCGGCUCCGUCCGGCAGCUGCCGGCUCAAAUGACGUGCGAUGCGUGCGAGGAGGGCCUGUCGAGUGGCGAUAUCUGCGUGUUCGCGUCGCGCGCUGGGCCCAACACCUGCUGGCACCCGGCGUGCUUCACGUGUUGCGUCUGCAAGGAGCUGCUCGUGGAUCUCAUCUACUUCUACCGGGAGGGUAAGCUGUACUGUGGACGACACCACGCCGAGACGCUGAAGCCCCGGUGCUCCGCCUGCGACGAGAUCAUCCUGGCUGACGAGUGUACCGAGGCAGAGGGCCGUGCCUGGCACAUGAAACACUUUGCGUGUUUCGAAUGUGACCGGCAACUCGGAGGGCAACGUUACAUUAUGCGGGAUGGCAGGCCUUACUGUCUGCACUGCUUCGAUGCGAUGUUUGCAGAGUAUUGCGACUCGUGUGGGGAACCCAUCGGUGUGGACCAAGGUCAGAUGAGCCACGAGGGACAGCACUGGCAUGCCACGGAGCAGUGUUUCUGCUGUCAUACCUGUCGGUCCUCCCUGCUGGGCCGGCCCUUCCUGCCACGUCGAGGCGCCAUCUACUGUUCCAUAGCAUGCAGUAAAGGAGAGCCCCCGACACCAUCCGACAGCUCGGGCCCAGGCCCUCGACUCAGCCACGGCGCCCUGAGACAGCAGCGCCACCAGAGAGCUAGGCCACCGUCAGAAGCAGGCUCAAGCACACCACCGAACUCACCUGGGCAAGGACGAAGAACGCUAGGUUUACCAGGUUCACCUGCCUCCUCAUCUGCACCAUCGUCACCUCCUGGUCAGCUCCAGUGUGGAAAGUACAGCCGAAACUAUAGUUUACCUCAUCAACCACCGCUACCUGUCACACAAUCUCAGCAACAUCAGCAAGUCCUGAGAAGUCCCCCUCCAGUUCGAUCUCCAAAGAUGGGGCGCCGGGCACUUCAGCGAGGCUCUAACAAAUCCCUUCCUCCUACUCCACCAUCUACAGAUCCUCCUCCACCACCACCACCACCUCCUCCUCCGCUGCCCAUGGUACAGAGUGACAUAACCUUAUUGCAGACUGAGGAUUAUGUUGUGAGAGGCCUUCCCCCCAUUCCAAGCAGCAGCCACGGUGGAAAUCUGCAGGCGCUUUCUCAGCAAGCAACGGGAUCUUCACAAGUGAAUAUCACCUCUUCGCCGUGCAGUAAAGGCCUGGAUCGGGUUCUUCUAGAGCGGAACCUGGAACGUCUGCUCUCGGAGCAUGGGAGCAGUAUUGCAAUGGCAACUGAGAUACAAGCAGCCAGUCCAGAGCUGGAGAGACUUCUUCAGGCUAGGGACCGUAGUCGGGAGCCCCUCCACCUCGCCGAUCUUAACCUGAGCCUCGAUUCCUGGCAGCCUCCCUCUCUUACAUCCCACCCCCACACGAAUAAUAUAAGUGGUACCGCUAGCAGUACUCAUAACUGUAAUGAAAGUCUUUACGGGCAUGCGUCAUCGAUGCCAGAGUUGGCAGCUCAUCAGACAACACCACAACAUCACGUUCAACCUCCCGCGACACCGACAUCGCCAUUACGCAAAGCGAAAGGGAAAGGACAGCUGAGUGUCAGGUUCGAGAGUGAUCGUUGUGAUGAGGAUAACGUCGUUGAUGUGGGAGACGAUGAAGCGUGUGGCCCACCGAGGCAAAGGACUUUCCCGCGCAGUCGUAGUUACUCUGGACGUUCGAGGCAUCGAGGAUUUGACGAGGAAUAUGAAGAGAGAAGAGCUCGUUCGAGAGGUCCCAGGAAAACAACUUCAGAGAGCCAUGUACCUGGUGGUAGCAGGGACAGUAGGGAACACAGGGAUACAAAUAGGGAUGAUGCAGAUAGUUAUUGUUCGACUUGUUCAUCCAGUUCAAGCAGUGAUGAUUAUGCAUACGAACUUCCACCCAGAAGGGCUUAUGGAGGCGUUAGAAUUUCUUAUGUGCCGAACGAUGCUUUAGCUUGCGCGAGACGACAACAGUCAGCGGCAGCUUCAGCUUCAGGUGGUCUAAGGUCACCGACGAAGAAGGCAGGUGGUAGCAGUACAGGAGAAGAUAAAGACAAAAAUUGUAUUAUUUCCUGAUCAACGCUGUUCUUAACUCAACAUAUAUUUCGAACAAUCAAUGGAAGAAUUCAGUUGGGUAUAAAAUUCCCUCAAGAAAAGUCGAACAGACAAAAAUAAAUGAGCGGUUUGAAAGGAAAACUUUCUUUUUUACUCUCUCUAGAUGCAUAUUGGAACUUUUUGGGCUAAAUUUGUUUUUGUGUAUGGAUUCAAAAUUAUAUAUGAAUAAGCUGCUGGGAUAUUUUACUUCUAUUAUUUUAAUAUCUUUCACCACCGAGGAGAUAUCGCCGAUUCUUAUAGCGUAAUAUUUUGAUAGUAGGCAUUCUUGGGAAUAAUCAAAUUUAGGAAUCUGAAAUUUUGUGGUGAAUGUUGGUAAUUUAUUUUCAUUAAACAUGUCUAUAAAAUUGAUUUUGAACUUUUUUUUUUUAAAUUUUAAAACGAAGUCGU